UCCCCGAAAUCUCCGGCUUAAACCCUCGCCUUCCUCCUCCUCCCCCCCAACCUCGGCCGGCAGCCUCCAAGAAACCCGACCCCAUCACCGCCUGCCGCUGCUCCGGGACCGAGUGGCCAUGGCGGUCGAGAAGAAGGGGAUGUCGGCGUACGAGGCGGAGCGGGAGAGGACGGUGGAGGAGAACAAGCGCAAGAUGGAGGCGCUCAACCUGCGCCACCUCUCCGCCGCCGUCGCCACCUGCGCCCCCAAGACCCCCUCCCCCAUGAAGCACAAGAGGCGCAGGAUCAUCUACGCGGCGACCCCCGUCCCGUCUCCGCCGAGGAGGUCCCGCCGGCUCGCCCACCUCCCCGAGGUCAAGUACGCCGACGCCUGCGCGGAGGUGGGAGAAGAGAGUGAGAGAGUGGGAAGGUGGUCUCCAAGAAGACGAAGUGGCAGCAUCUACUUAGCAGCAGGUGGACCAAUUUCCAUGAAAGCCAGGAUGGAAGCAGCAAGCAAAGCUGAGGAGUUAGAAUCACAACUUGACCCUGAAUUUCCAUCCUUCAUGAAGCGGAUGUUACAUUCACAUGUGGUGCGAGGGUUCUGGUUGGGUCUGCCAAGCCAUUUCUGUGACACAUACCUGCCAAAGAAUGACUGCACCAUCACUUUGGUGGAUGAGAAAGAUGAAGAGUUUGAGUCCAAAUACCUUGCCUACAAGAAGGGGCUAAGUGGUGGCUGGGCUGGUUUUGCUCUGGAUCAUGUGAUUCGGGAUGGAGACUCGACAGUUUUUCAGCUGAUCAAGCCUACAACCUUCAAGGUGCAUAUCAUCCGAGCUACUGUUGGUGAUGAUGAUGAUGAGGAGGAGGAAGCGGAGUGAGCGCGCCAUGCAGCAUCACUGCUUAAGAACUAACCUAUCAGUAGAUUAGAUGGUAUGUAGGAGUUGGGUAUGGCUUAAGCUUUAUCUAUCUGGAGAUUAGAUGGUACGUAGGAGUUGGGUAUGGCUUAAGCUUUAUCUAUCUGGAGAUUAGAUGGUAUGUAGGACUUGGGCAUGGCUUAAGCUUUAUCUAUCUGGAUCGCCUGUGCGGUUAUGCAUUUUGAUGGAAUGUCCACCAGUGGCUUACAAGAUGGCAAGUAGGAUUUGGGGGCGUGGUGUAGGCUUUUGUGUAUCAGGAUUACCCGCGCAGCUAUGUAAUAUGUUUCCAUGUCCACCAGUACUGAUAAUGAGAUCAAAUGGAAAGUAAUCAGCUAA